AUGCAACCCUUGGCUAACGCAUCUGCGCCUAGAAAGACAACAUUCAGACCCAAGAAGGCCGAAGCGGGCACAAAAUUGGGACAGUUGCGACAAUAUGCCGAAGCGACACUCGGUACAGGCAGUCUACGGCAAGUCGUGCUACUACCAGAAGGCGAAGAUCUAGAUGAAUGGCUCGCCGUGAACACGGUGGACUUUUACAACCAAAUCAAGAUGCUCUGGAGUACGGUGGCAGAAUUUUGUACACAGGAACGAUUCCCGACGAUGACGGCAGGUCCGCAAUACGAAUAUCUUUGGCAAGACGCGAAAGAGUAUCCACGGCCAACUGCCUUACAUGCAGCGAAAUACAUUGAAUGUGUUUUAGCGUGGCUUGAGGAGAAUAUUGAAGAUGAGGGUAAAUUCCCCUCCGAACUCGGUGUACCCUUCCCCAGGGGUUUCCAACAACUCGUGAAGCAGAUGUGUAAACGCAUCUUUCGGAUCUAUGCGCACAUGUACUGCCAUCAGUUUUCCAUCAUCAUUGCAUUGGGCGAGGAGGCGCACUUGAAUACGAGUUUCAAGCACUUCAUGUUCUUUGUACGCGAGUUUGACUUGAUUGAACAGCGCGAAUUGGGGCCCUUGCGGGAGCUGAUUGAGAGUAUGAUGAGUAGUGAUGGGGGCAAGGACACGAAGAGUUCAAGAUGA